GUCGCAGCACGCAGCUAAAAAGCCUGAUCACGGAACGAUUCCUCUUUACUCCCGAUGACGGAGGUAUGUUUUUCAGCACUUGAACUGGGGUUGUCCUGCAAAACUGCACGCAGCAGAUUUCAACGACUGCUGGUAACCCGCGCGCAGACGAAUGAACGGGCUCACGCAGACAGACAGGUGCCCACGUGUUGCCUGCUGCUCCGGCUCUGUGCUACAGGUGGCUUAACCUGAGCGGCAAUUUCCUCGCCCCGUCUCGAACGUGAUCUGCCUACAACACCGCCGACGGACAUAAACUGGGUUUGUUUUUGAACGAACAGGCUUGCCUCCUUCUAAACUCCGCCCCCCGGAUCACUGUUAGGAAACAAAUCUGCAGUAACUCGACGUGUACAAGCAGCGGCGAAAGCCACCUCGCCUGUUGAUUCUUGUGUCUGUUUCGUCCCCCCCCCCCCCUUCCCUCCAUUGAUUACAUUUACCCAGGACAUCUCUUUGUAAGAUGCUGGACCCGUCUUCAAGCGAGGAGGAAUCCGACGAUGGGUUGCAGGAAGAGGACCGAACGGACCUUCUGUUGCCUGUCAGUUCCCCGCGAGCUGCGCCCGCGCAAGGGCGCGAUUCUUGGGAUGAGAGGCGAGCAGGUAAUGCGAGACCGGCGAGCCCCAGUCCCUCGGUGAAAAGCGACAAGGAGAAAGAAGAGCAAGAACGACUGCAGCAAAAGGAAGAGGAGGAAAAGAGAGCUCGGCAGAUCUAUGUAUUUGUGCUCAGGUGCAUCGCCUAUCCAUUUAACGCCAAGCAGCCUACGGACAUGGCCAGGAGGCAGCAAAAGCUUAACAAGCAACAACUGAUAACAAUCAGAGAAAGGUUCCAAGCCUUUUUGAAUGGAGAAACUCAGAUCAUGGCAGAUGAAGCUUUUUGUAAUGCAAUUCGAAGUUAUUAUGAGGUUUUUCUGAAGAGUGAUCGUGUAGCCAGGAUGGUGCAAAGUGGUGGCAGCUCUGCCAGUGAUUUCAGAGAAGUUUUUAAAAAGAAUAUUGAGAAACGAGUCCGGAGCCUUCCAGAAAUUGAUGGUUUGAGUAAGGAGACAGUGUUAAGCUCAUGGAUAGCCAAGUUUGAUGCUAUUUUUAGAGGAGAGGAAGACCUUCGUAAGCAGACUCCAAGAAUGAAUGUGAAUGUUGCUUCAGAACUCAUACUUAGCAAAGAUCAGCUUUAUGAAAUGUUCCAGCAGAUCCUUGGAAUUAAGAAAAUUGAGCAUCAGCUUUUGUACAAUGCCUGUCAGUUAGACAAUGCAGAUGAACAAGCAGCACAGAUCCGAAGGGAGCUUGAUGGCCGCCUGCAGCUUGCAGACCAUAUAGCUAGGGAACGAAAAUAUCCAAAAUUUAUUGCAAAAGAAAUGGAAAACAUGUAUAUUGAAGAACUAAAGUCGUCUGUGAAUUUGCUGAUGGCAAAUUUAGAAAGCCUACCAGUUACAAAAGGUGGGGCUGAAUUCAAACUUCAAAAGCUCAAAAGGUCCCAGAAUUCAUCUUUUCUGGACAUUGGAGAUGAAAAUGACAUCCAGCUGUCUAAGUCUGAAGUUGUGCUAUCUUUCACAUUGGAGAUUGUUAUUAUAGAAGUUCAGGGUUUGAAAUCAGUUGCACCCAACAGAAUUGUGUAUUGCACAAUGGAAGUUGAAGGUGGAGAAAAACUGCAGACAGACCAAGCUGAAGCCUCAAGACCUCAGUGGGGAACACAAGGAGAUUUUACUACAACUCAUCCUCUUCCUGUCAUUAAAGUAAAACUAUUCACGGAAAGUACUGGUGUACUAGCUUUGGAAGAUAAGGAACUAGGAAAGGUCAUCCUUUAUCCAACAACAAACAGUCCAAAGACACCAGAACUACACAAAAUGAAUGUGCCAAAAAAUAGCCAAGACUCUGACCUCAAGAUAAAGCUUGCUGUGAGAAUGGACAAGCCUCAAAACAUGAAGCACUGUGGGUACCUUUAUGCAUUGGGACAGAAAGUUUGGAAACGCUGGAAGAAGAGAUACUUUGUCCUUGUGCAGGUAAGCCAAUACACCUUUGCUAUGUGUAGCUACAGACAGAAGAAAUCUGAACCUCAGGAAUUAAUGCAACUGGAAGGAUAUACAGUGGAUUAUACAGAGCCUCAGCCUGGUCUUACUGGUGCACGAGUGUUUUUUAAUGCAGUAAAAGAAGGUGAUACCGUCAUCUUUGCUUGUGAUGAUGAUCAAGAUCGUGUCCUUUGGGUCCAAGCAAUGUAUCGUGCCACAGGCCAAUCUUAUAAACCCAUUCCUCCAACCCAGGCACAAAAGCAUAAUUCCAAAGGAGGGAAUCCUCACUCUGACUCACCCAUUUCUCUGCUAAAUUUAGACCGAUCUCAGAAAUAUGGCAUGGAUGAAUUUAUAUCUGCUGAUCCCUGCAAGUUUGAUCAUGCUGAGUUGUUUCAAGUGCUUCAGAAGCAAACUCUCCAACACAGAAUGAAUGAUUCCUUUUCCUGUCUGGGGUGGUUUAGCCCUGGCCAGGUGUUUGUGCUGGAUGAAUAUUGUGCCCGCUACGGAGUACGAGGCUGUCACCGUCACCUCUCAUAUCUCAAGGAGCUGACUGAGUAUGCUGAGAACAGUGCUGUGAUUGACCCAACCUUGCUUCAUUACAGUUUUGCAUUCUGUGCCUCUCAUGUUCAUGGCAACAGACCUGAUGGCAUAGGAACCAUCACUAAUAAAGAGAAAGAUCAAUUUGAAGACAUUAAAAGUAAACUUCUUUCCCUGCUUGAGAGCCAAAUUGUGCACUUCAGGUACGGUUUCCCAUUUGGACGGCCAGAGGGUGCUUUAAAAGCUACACUGUCAUUGCUUGAAAGGGUUUUAAUGAAGGAUAUCUCCACUCCAGUGCCAACAGAAGAUGUAAAGAAAGUUGUCCGCAAAUGUCUUGAAAAAGCCGCUUUGGUCAAUUACUCCCGCUUAACAGAAUAUGCUAAAAUAGAAGACACUAUGAAUCAGGCUACUCCUGCUAAAAAACUGGAAGAUAUUAUGCAGCUUGGUGAGCUUUGCAUAGAAGUGCUGCAGCAAAAUGAAGACCAUCAUUCAGAAGCCUUUGCGUAUUGGCCAGAAAUUAUGGCAGAGCAUGCAGAGAUGUUCUGGUCCCUUUAUGCUGUUGAUAUGGAUGCUGCACUUGAGGCACAGCAAUCAGACUCCUGGGAUAGUUUUCCUCUUUUCCAGAUUCUCAACAAUAGUCUAAGAAAUGAUAUUCAUCUAUGUAAUGGGAAAUUUCAUAAACAUUUACAAGACAAAUUUGUACCUCUAGUUGUCCGAUACAUUGAUCUCAUGGAGUCUUCGAUAGCACAGUCUAUCCACAGAGGAUUUGAACAAGAAACUUGGCAGCCUGUGAAGACAAUUACCAACAAUCUCCCAAAUGUGCCUCUUCCCAAAGUUCCAAGUCUGCCACUUAAUCUUCCUCAAAUGCCUAGCUUUUCUGCACCCUCUUGGAUGGCUCCUUUAUGUGAUAACACAAAUGGCUCAGCUACUUCAGAAGAUCUUUUUUGGAAGUUGGAUGCCCUGCAAAAGUUUGUGUAUGACUUGCACUGGCCUGAGCCAGAGUUUGCUCAACAUUUAGAACAAAGGCUUAAACUCAUGGCAAGUGACAUGGUGGAGGCCUGUGUUAAAAGAACAAGAGUAGCAUUUGAAGCCAAGAUGCAGAAGGCCAGUAAAUCAACAGAAUACAGGGUAUCUCCCUCUAUUUGCACCAUGUUCAAUGUGCUAAUGGAUGGCAAGAAACAGUGUAUUAAACUCUGCACACUAGAGGGAGGACAAGAGGUUUGUGAACUAUUUUUUUGUUACCAUUCGAAGAUAGAUGACUUAAUUGAAGAUGCCUUUAAAGAGAUGAUUUCCCUGUUGGUUUCAAAGUUUGUUGCUGUGUUGGAAGGAGUCCUUUCCAAGCUAUCAAGAUAUGAUGAAGGCACAUUGUUUUCUUCCAUACUUUCUUUUACUGUAAAGGCAGCUGCAAAAUAUGUUGAUGUUCCUAAGCCAGGGAUGGAUUUGGCAGACACAUACAUUACAUUUGUACGGCAGAACCAGGAUAUUCUUCGAGACAAGGUCAAUGAGGAAAUAUAUAUAGAAAAAGUAUUUGAUAAAAGGAUGGAUGAUAUAAGUUCAAUGAUGUACUUGAGGCUGUUUGAGCACUGGUACUCCAGAUCAAUGAAAACUGUGUGUGUCUGGCUGACUGACAGACUUGAUCUUCAGCUUCAUAUAUAUCAACUGAAAACCCUCAUCAAGAUUGUUAAGAAGACUUACCGUGACUUCAGACUGCAAGGUGUGUUAGAAGGAACCCUGAACAACAAAGCCUAUGAUACCAUUUACAACCGGCUCACUUUGGAGGAGGCCACAGUGUCAGUAACUGAUGGUAGUGGUCUUCAAGGAAUUUCCAUGAGAGACAGUGAUGAAGAGGAUGAAUAACAUCAGAAUGAAAUGAGGAUGAAUAACAUGUGAUCAAACUGUGCCAAUUUUUCUCACUGUAAGCUAAUGGUCACAUUUUUGUAUGUGCUACAUUUGUAUUCAUAGCAAUUUUGAAAAAUAGUAAAGGGAACGAUAAAGCCAAGGAUAUGUAGGUAAACUUUAUACUACAAAAAAGUCUGAGAAAGUAAGAAUGGGAAAUCGACAACAUGGGGGUAAUUUUUAGCAUCUUCAUUCUAAAUCUUUAAAUGUUUUCUGGUUUCUUUUAUAAUCAUGAUUCUUUGUAUCAUAUUUGUUGUCAAAGGUGAAUCAACUGCAGAUAUGUACAAUGAAUGGCUGGUCUUACUGUAAGUUGCAAUGUAUUUUGCAAAUUACAAUUAAUGUUCUCUUUACAAGUGACUUAUUAGGUUCUUCUUUCAAAAAAUAUAUUUAAA